AUGGACAUGUCAAAUACGGAAAAACCGAUCGAGAAAAAGGGUCAUAGUGAUGAUCGCAUAAUAUUAAAUAUCGGUGGCGUGAAGUACGAAACGUAUCGAUCAACUCUAACAGCUCAUCAAGACACGCUUCUCGGUACAAUGUUCCAGGAACGUAACCAAAAUCUACUUCAUCCUACCAAUGAAAAUGAAUACUUUUUUGAUCGAGAUGGUAUCAUAUUUCGUUAUAUCAUGCAGUUCUACCGUACCGGAGAAAUAUUUUGGCCCGAGGAUACAAAUUACAUCACAGAUUCCACUCAGAACCUUCAUAUCUCUCGUCGAGAACUCGAACUCGAGUUUGAUUUCUUUCAAAUUCCGGUGCCGGGUCGCGGCGAAAUAGAUAAAACCGGAGCUGUGUCAUUAGUGGAUGGAUUUCUAAAUGCACUGGAUUCGGUGGCAAAUCACGUUAUCAAGAAAUACAAUGCAACAAUUCGUGUACAAUUUAGAUUAGGAAUGUUGGAAUAUGAGGUGGAUGAGGACAUAGAAUCGUUAGCGAAGGAGAUAUUAGAUCCAUUCAAGUUGGUGGGAUAUAAGAUAUUAUCAAAAUUCAGUAAAGAGAUUGCUUCGUAUUUGAUGAAGAAUCACAGUUGCUUAAAUUCGAAAGUCGUGAGAAAACCUAAUAAAGGUUACUAUGAGAUUAGGAUGAUGGUGAAAGAAUUUGAUGAAUUUGAUGAACAAACGGUAUUUAAGUAUUCUAAGCUGGCGAAUGUUGUUGAGUCUGCGAAGGUGAUGUAUGAUGACGAGGAAGAUUAG